GAAUUUGGUGACAAGAAAAAAAUUACAGAGAAUAAGAAAGUUCACUCCUCGAUAAGGGAAAAACAAUUAAAAAUAGCCGAACUGAUGAAUUACAAGAAAAAUGACAAUUCUGAAAGAAAAAAUGUAGAUUUCAAUUUUGAAGAACAAAAGGAUGAACCUAGUGAGAAGGGAAAUAAAUUUAGUAUAUCAAAUGCAUACAUAGCUGAAACGUUGAAUAAAAAAUUAUUUCAAAAAAGUUCUACGUCCAAAUUUGCUUCUUCAUCUUUUAGAAAUAAACCAAAUAGCGAUGAAAGAAAUAAGGUAUUAAUCCUAACUAAAUAUAAAGGUACUACUACAAAUAAAAAGGAUACAAAUAUAAAUAAGGUAAGCGAAAAUUACAAAAAUCAAUUGAGUAAUGUUUUCCUUUUGAAAAAUAAAUUUGGAUCUGCAAAAAGCAGGUUUUUUUAUCAAAAAAAGUCAAGCGAUAUUUCCAAAAAAGAUUAUAUCACACGAGAUAAUUCCACUAUUAGCAAUAAAAAUUCAAAAGUGGAUGAUAUAAAUUAUAAGAUAGGAGAAAACUCAUUAAUGCAAGGGAUUAGCAGGAGUUGUAGUCAUAGUAUUAUCAUGGAUGAUAUUGGAGGUGGUAAUGAUAAUAAUGUAGACAAACAUACUAAAGAUAAUUGUAAUCAUAAUGGUGGUGAUGAUAAAGAUAAUGACAAUUAUAAUGAUAAUAAUAAAAAUGAAUCUAUGAUAAUUGGUGGACCACAUAAACAUGAUUAUUCUAACAAUUCAAGUAGUGUUAAACCCACAACAUGUAAGAAAAGAAGAGCAAAUUUUUUUUUAUGUUUUUCAAAAUUAAAAAUAAAACAUAGUAAGCGAAAAAAUGAUCUUCAAUGCAAUAGCAAAACAAAAAAAAAAGAUCUUAGCAAAGAAGAGGAAAACAUAGGAAAUUCCAGUAGCAACAAAGGGGUUUCUGAGCACCCGGACAGUAGUAAAAAGAACAUAAAGCAAUUUUUUUGUGUUAAAUGA